UGAUUGAGAGUAUGUGCGUGCGACUGGGCAUGGGUACGAAUUGACAGCGUGUGUGUCAGUGUGUGUGCACAUGUAUGUCAGCACCUGUGUGUGUUUGUGUGUGUGCAUCCCUUUGCAUGUAUAUUUGCACACACAUGGGCGUGCAUGUGGGGGAUGCUGGGUGCAUGUGUGUGGCCCUGGAUGUUGGUUUGCGUUGCACACACAUACAUGAGCCCAGCCGUUGCAGCUGUUUCUGUUGCUGCUCAUUAACCCGUUGCCUGCCAGUGGCCUGGCUGGAGGACACUGCUCUCUGUACUGGGACACGUGGCUGGCAGGACUUGCCCAGUCCAGCAUCCCUGGUGUCACGCUUGCCCACUCCUGUGCACAGGGUCCCCUGCCGGCCCUGGCUUCACUGGCUCCGAGGUCAUCACUCUGAGCUGUGGGCGUUACAAGACUCCCUCCUUAUAAACUGUGGCCAGGCUGAGUCAUCCCCUAGCCUGGCCAGUCCUGCUCCAUGAAACAGCCGUUCCUCACACUGUGCAGACCUGGCCCCAGGGCUUGCUCCCCACCAGCCACCAUGCGGCUGCCCCUGCUCCUCCUUGUUGGGUUCCUGGAAUUUCACUACACAGGCCCAUUCCUGGUGCGUCUGGCUGGGGGCCCCAGUGAGUGCGUGGGGCGCGUGGAGAUCAACUACAAGGGCCGCUGGGGCUCGGUGUGUGACGACGAGUGGGACCUGGCCGACGCAGCCGUGGUGUGCAGGCAGCUGGGCUGCGGCACCGUGCUCUCUGCCCCGGUGGGCGCCUGGUUUGGGGAGGGCACUGGCCCCAUCUGGCUCAAUGAGGUGCGGUGCCAGGGCUCAGAGCAACAUCUGCGCCACUGCCGCCACCGGGGCUGGCGCCAGCAUGUCUGCAGUCAUGAGGAGGACGCCAGUGCCGUGUGCUCAGCUCACCGCUUCCUGCCCGUCAUCACCACCGAGCCCUCGGUGCAGCCGGCCCUUGGGGACCACAAACCCCCAGCACAGAGCACAGCCAGGCCGGCUUCCACCACACCAGAGCACAGCGGCGCCCCCCUGCGGCUCGUGGGGGGCCCCCACAGCUGCGCAGGGCGUCUGGAGGUGCUUCACGGGAGCCAGUGGGGCUCGGUGUGUGAUGACGGCUGGGGGCUGCUGGAGGGCGCCGUGGUAUGCCGGGAGCUGGGCUGUGGCGCAGUUCAGGCUGCCCCCGGGGGGGCGCAUUUUGGGACUGGCACUGGCCCCAUCUGGCUGGAUGACGUGGGCUGCAGUGGGAAAGAGAUGUCCCUGAGGCAGUGUCGGGCACGGCCCUGGGGGCGCACCAACUGCCAGCACGACGAGGAUGCCAGUGUCAUCUGCACAGGGGGUGCUGUGCUGCGGCUGGUGGGUGGCGCAGGUUCCUGCUCCGGGCGGCUGGAGGUUUUCCACCAGGGCCGCUGGGGCACAGUGUGCGAUGACAUGUGGGCGCUGCCAGGCGCGGCUGUGGUGUGCCGGGAGCUCGGCUGCGGGGACCCACUCUCUGCUCCCAGGGGGGCCUUUUUUGGUGAGGGCAGUGGUCCCAUCUGGCUGGACAACGUGCGGUGCCAGGGCAAUGAGUCGGCGCUGAGCCGGUGUCUGGCUGCACCAUGGGGCGUGCAUGACUGCCAGCAUGCGGAGGACGCUGGUGUGGUGUGUACAGACGAGUUGGCCCCUGUGAGGCAGCGCUUUGCCAAGCCCAUGGCCCCACAGCCACGAAUGCAGAAGCCACGGACGCAGAAGCCACGGACGCAGAAGCCCCGACCCCGGCUCCCUUCGGUGGCACGGGAGGAGACACAGGCACCAGCCCAGGUAUCCCCACAGGCAGUGCUACCAGGGAAGUGGAAGCCAUUGUCGUUGCUGGAGGGCACCAGCCCCCGGGAGGCCGCCCAGCCAGAGGGGACCACGCGGAGCCCCCCGCCCUCAGGAGAGCCAGAGCUGCCCACUGCUGGACCCGUAGGUCAGUCUGGGAAUCUGCAGCUCGAGCUGCCCAGCCACCCUCACUGUACCCGUCCUGCCCCGCUCAGCCCCGGCCCAGCCCUGGCCCGGGCUCUGAUCGCUCCACCCAGCAGCACAAACACCUGUUUUUUCUACUGUUGUCUGUCCAGAUCUCCCCAGCACAUCUCCCCGGGAGACCCUCCCUGUCUCCACUCUCCCCGUAGGGGACGCCUGCAGCUCGAACAGUGCUGGCCUCAUUGCCAAAGCGACCAGCCAGGGGCCAGCUAGUGGACGACGCCCCCUUGGGCUGGGCCUGAGCCCCUAGGGGGGCCACCAACCAGCCCCAGGGCAAUGAACCAGGGCUGGGUUAUGCCCUCAUCCUCGCCCUGCCCCUCUGCCCAACCCAGUCCCCUGCCUGACCUAUCUCCCAGCCCCCUUCCUCAUGGGCUGGGGCUAGGCAGUGGCUACCCACCUCCCUUGUAAAGUGCUGUGAGCUCUAGGGAUGGAGAGGGCAGAGUGGGGGAACAGUGUUGUUAUUGGGGUGUGCACGUGGGGACGGAUGGCUUGACAGAUGAGGUGUAUGGGGACGGAGGGUUAGUGUGUCAGGCGCAACCUUUUGUAACCUUUACGUUGAAAUGUUCCCAGUUGUUAGGGAUGAAGGUGCAAUGAAACCCAGCUUAGUUUUCAGGGUCGAGCCUCUGGAGCGCUGACAAGCCGUGGGCAGUAGAAGGCCACAAGGCAGCACUUGGAGGGAUAAAACCAGACUUUGCUUAACUAAUGGUUUUCCUUUUCAGUAAGAUGGCAUGUGAUUGCAGCACAGCAGUUAUACUCUCACGCAAAGAUGGAUGGGUGUACCACUGACAGCAGCGUGAAGUACAGCCGUGUAACCCUGGGACCUAGUGGUGCCCUUUGGAUGUUAACUGCUAUUCAGCAAAACCGUUCCUUUCAUAGGCGCCAACUCUAUGGGUGCUCCAGGGCUGGAGAACCCAUGAAAAAAAGUUAGUGGGUGCUUAGCACCCACCGC